AUGGGAAAGCUCCAUUAUUUCCUGGGAAUUCAGGUGAUCAGGACUAGUGAUGGAGGACUACUAAUGACUCAAAGCAAGUAUGUAAAAGAUCUCCUUGCAAAAGCAGGCAUGAGUGGCUGCAAGUCAUGUUCAACACCACUCCCAUCAUCCUUGAAAAUUCAAGCCACUGGAGGACCAGAAUUUGAAAAUCCUCACCUAUAUCGAUCAGUGGUAGGAAGCCUACAGAUACUGCGUUAUGUAAGUGGAUCUGCAACUUUUGGUCUCAAACUUCACAAAGAUCCCUCCAUGAAGCUAACAGCCUACUGUGACUCAGACUGGGCUGGUGACCCCAGUGACAGAAAAUCAAUUAGAGGCUUCUGUGUGUAUAUGGGAAGAAACCUGGUCUCCUGGCAAUCAAAGAAACAAGGAGUAGUAGCCAGAUCAAGUACAGAGGCAGAGUACAGAGCUUUGGCUGAUCUAGUAGCAGAGCUGGUUUGGAUCAAAAGUCUACUAGGAGAGUUGAAAUGGCCUGUUCAUGAAGCCCCUAUGGCCUAUUGCGACAACCAGAGUGAUGUCCUUCUAGCAGCGAAUCCCAUCUUGCACUCAAAGGCAAAGCACUUCGAAAUCGAUCUGCAUUUUGUCAGGGAUCAUGUUACAAGCAAAACAGUGCAGGUGAGCCAUGUUCCCAGCACAGUCCAAAUCGCAGAUACCCUCACAAAAGCCCUUCCCUCCUCAGCCUUCCUUGAUCUCAGGAACAAACUCAACGUGCAGAAUUUGCCAAAUUCUGCACCUCUGAGUUUGAGGGGGCAUGACACAAGGAAUGGUGAUGAAGACACGUGA